AUGAAUAUUUUUGUUUAUUGUCAAAUUAUUUUAUCGUUGUUGUCGAUGUUAGACAUUUUCAUGAAUCAUUAUUAUGUUGGAGCUGAUAAUCAUCAAAUCAAUUGUAUAAAUCACUGGUCAUCACCUUCAUCAAGCGGACGCGUUGCAUUUUCAUUAUAUCCAUGUUUCACGUGUACAUAUUCUACUUUUCAAGGUGCUAUGACAAUUAAAUGGGAUUGUGAACAGGCGUAUAAUUUGAAAAUAAAGGGUACUAUUGAUUCAACUCCUAUUGAAGAAUUACCUAAUAAUGAAUUACGCAUUAUUGGAAGCAGAGAAAAUAUAUCAAAUUCUACAACUGUUUUAUCAGCUUCACAUAUGACUAGUCAUGGAAUGGCGAGUAUUCAAUUAUCACUGAAAUUAAUUGCAAACCCCUCCAGUGAUAAACAAUCAAAGCUUCAACUUUAUUUUCAGCCUGUUUUAAACAAAGAUGAAAUGACCUUCAAUCAUUUUCUUUUAUUUUGGCAUUCUUUAAAGAAAACAGAAUUUACUGUGUUUAUUUAUAAUCGUACACAUAUAAUUCAACAUGAAACAUCCACUACAUCUAUAUGUCUAGAAAAUUUGACAGAAGGAAGCAGUUAUAAACUUUGUGUAACAGAAACAACCUAUGCCUGUAAAAGUUCCUAUUGGAAUUGUAUUAUUAAAACUAUUCCUACAUUUAGACAGCAACAACAACAACAGCAAAAACAACACCAAUCAUUAUUACCACCAACUACGGAUUCCUCUUCAUCUCCUCAGUCGCUGUUAACUAUUCAUCAGCCGAUCAUUACUAAUUUAAAACUUAUAAGUUCAGGUGGUAAUUGGGUACAGAUAUCUUGGUUACCGUCAACAGCGUUAGCCAAAUCUCAGCGACCGAAUCAAAUCCCUUAUGCUUAUCUACUUUUAGCUAUUUCAAAGUCAAGAACUGUUCAGUGUUAUGAUCGAACCUAUAGUAUUCAAGCACCGUGGGCACAUCAUUUACAAUCAAAUUUAAUUUCCUACAUCCACAAAGUAUAUCAUAGAAUUUCAACUAGCUGCUUAGUGAAUGAAAUUCAUAAAGAAAUCGAUACACUAGGCAAUAGUUGGCCAGAAUUGACAACUACCGUUCAUCAGAAACAUCAGAUCAGCAUUCAAGAUGAAUGGGGUUCAUCACUGAAUGAAGAGUAUAUUGUUAAUUUGGAAGGGCUUAUACCGCAUGAAGAAUAUGAAAUCAAAGUUCUACCUGUUUUUGAAGAAUCCAAUCCUGUUGAAGCUGAUGAAAUACUUGUGACUGGAAAAUUGAAUCCUUCUUUAGAUUGUAAUUUAACACUUGAAGAUAUUUCUAGUGACAGAAGCCUUAUUAAAUGGAAUUUACCACAUACAAUAGAAUCUAAAUUGUUGAACACUGAACAUAUCAUGUAUGUAGUUCAAAUUUCAUUGAUUGGUAGACCAGAAAAAAAGCUGCAACAGACAUGCUUUAUUUCUACUUGUCCAUAUACUAAUUGGUCACAAACGCUAAACUUUCUACCACAAAUGGAGAAUGAACCACAACGUUUGAAUUGUUUAAAAGCUGAGAUUCCUUUCAGAAAAGACAAUAGUUUUAUAAUAAACUGUCAGCUACAACCCUGUAAAGUGUAUGAAAUAAGUGUUGCUAUUCUUCAACAGAAUAAGUAUGUAGAAGAAUUCAAAUGUAAACGACGUUUCAUGCGAAAUGGAUCACCUCCUGAACCACCUAAAAACGCUUAUGCUACACCACUAGCUCAAAAUGUAUUACUGUUAGAAAUGGACAAGCCAAAAUCGUCUACAUUUCAUCAUUGUAGUGUUGCCGGUUAUGCUGUCUCCAUAUAUACUGAAAAAGAAAAUUUCAAUGUAUGGCCAAACAAUUAUGCCCUUAUCGAAAUGAAAGAUUUACAAAUGAUUCAACAACCAUCGUCUACUUAUGACCAACAUAGCACAUCAACACGUCAACACUUCUUUAUCAGUAAUCCGCACAUUUUGGCUAAGCAUAUUUUUGUUCGAAUACACAGUAUUCCAUUUAAUGGUAAAAACUGGAUUGAUCUGAGUAUCCCAUUGUUGAGUACAAAUUGUCAUUUAGACUGUGUCUGGCAAAAUCAACCAUUAUAUUAUCAAGUAUCUCAAAGAUUCUAUCCAUAUUCCGGUCAGCAUAUGAGUUAUAUAACACUUCAUCAACCUAGUAGUACAUUACAAAUAUCUCACUGUCCAAGAGCAGCUGAUACUACUGUUGACCGCUAUCAAAAUCAUCGUGGACUGUGUCAAUAUGCCCUACAUCUUCAAACAUCUGAAUAUACAGUAUGUCAUGAUGAAAAUUCAUUUGUACAAACAUGUUUUGUUCCUUCAUGUGAUCAAAUGGCUCCAAUACCAUGUGUUACAAUUGGCGAACAGUCCUUUCAAAGUAAUUCGUCAACAAUUCAAGUCGUUUGGAAUAUCGUUCCAUCCUUGCAACGUGAUGUUUUAUCAAAUUUUAAAAAUGAUGAAAUGGAAAUCGAUGCAUAUUUAGUGAUUCUAUAUGAUCUAAACGAAUCUAAAGACAAAUUUAAAAUGUGCGCACAAUAUAAAUUUGUGGUAGUUUCAAAAGAUCGUCUAGAAAACUGGAAGAAUUACUUUCAUGAUCUAUUAGUCCAGUCGUUAAUAGAUUCAUGUCUUGGACAGACAGUACAUUCAUUGGCUUCAUCGAGGUCGGAAAACACAGUGAUCUUUCAAAAUCUCUUACCAAGUACACUAUAUGAAGUGAACAUUAUACCGUUUAAUAAAUUUGGUAGACCUGGAGCUGGACAAACUCAAAGAGUAACAACAACAAUUGCAAUUCCAUGUGAACCAAAAGAAAUAGAAAUUUACAAGACUGAAUCUCACGCCUUCUCUAUAAAAUGGAAAUUACAAAAUCGUGUUUAUUGUGGUCAUCCAUCCAAUGUUAUAUUAUAUUAUAAAUUAAUGAAAUCACCUGGAAAUACUGAAGAAUGGUCAUUUAUUGAUACAGAAUAUUCACUGGAUCAUAUUAGAUUAUCAUCAUUACUUCCAUGCCAAAGAUAUUGUGUUAAGUUGAAAUUUGAAAAUACCGCUGGUUCGAGUAAAUUAUCAAAUGUUGUGUGUGAUACAACUAAACGAGCAGCCUUUACAAAUAUACCAGCUUUAACAGCUGAAGUUGUUGAUAUGAAGUCAUCAACACUUAGAACGAAAUUCUAUCCACUAAUGUUACGUCUUCGAAUUCAUUUGAAUUAUACAAGCUAUUGCCCAGUGAAAUAUGAAUUUCACUCGAAUAUUUAUAAUGUUGAAGAAAAACCAACCGUAACUAUUGCUCCAAAUCCUGAAGUAUUUUUGACCAAAAAUAUUCAACGUGGUUUUUUAUAUCAAAUACGUGGAAGAGUACGUUCAUCAAAUGAAUCAGUUUAUUCGCCAACAUUACAUGAUGAAAUGAAUGUGUUUAAAUUUAGUCAAUGGACACCAUUAACUUUAGUAUUUGUCAAUAUAUCGGAAUAUAAUCUUGUGAAUUUUACUGUUAACGCAAAACGACCCAGUGAAAUACAAAGACGAGAUGGUAGUUUCUACUAUACUUGUCAACCAACAUCUACUGACAGUAGAAUGAACUACACGUCAACUCAAACACUGGAAUACACUCAUAGCCGUCUACAUUCACAGCAGUUCAAUAAAAGUGUACUAUAUAAAAAUAGUUAUUGUUUACAAAUAGCUUGGAAUAUUUCUGGAUCUCUACAUGGUCUAUUAGGCUUUGUUAUUCAAUUCUUUUUACCAGUUGGACAAAAUCUUCAGGAAUAUCAACAAUUAGAUCAUGAUAGUGAUAAUGAUGGUGGUCAUGGUGUUGAUGAUGGUGAUGACGAGUUGGAUAGCCAGAGUGUCAUGUCGGUUAAAGCUAUCCGUAAGGAUCAGUCAGCAGUUGGGCUACAAAAAUGUGCACAAUUUAUUUGGUUACCGUGUUUUGAAUGCUUAAAAAACUAUUCACUUAAAAAUGCACAUCCACGAGUUUUGGAAAAAUUGAGAAAACUUAUAGAUGGAUGUAAAGCUUAUCAACCAAUUGAAAGAAAUAACAAUGCUCUAUGGAAAAACUCAUUAUCCAGCAAUACAAACAUCUCUACCGAUUUAUACAAUGAAGUAAUACAUAAUUCAAAGUAUUUAGAAAAACAAUUACAAAUCCUGCAACUGCAUGAUUUCAAUCGUAUCAUGUUAAAUCAAACCGUGUACAGUUUUCAAUAUCAUAUUAGAAAUCCAUUGGUAAUGCUGCCUGCUUUAACUAUGAAAUCAGCGUUUACACAUAAGAAACGUGUUUUUCGAUCAAACAGCCCGAAUUUAAUGUUGCUGCCAACUGAUCCUAAACUAGUUGAUACAAGUUCACAAAAUACUGGAUAUGCAAUUUUGUAUUCUGUUACUGCAGACGAUGUUAUUUAUAAAAUAAAACACAAAUGGCAGUUAUACGAUAAAAUUCCAUCUCCAGGAUUUACUGGGACAACUUUAGUAUUUCUUAUCCUUAGUGGUAUCGUCUUAGUUCUCCUAUGUUUUCUAAUAGUAACAUUUAUCAUUUUCAAUAGAGGACGUUUGAAAAACAGACAACAAUUUACUAAAACUGGAAGAGUUGACUACUAUUGUGAAGAUGAAGACGACGAAGCUGGAUAUGAAUUACGUGAGGAAUAUAAAGUGCCUAUCAUUCCCUUGAAAAUUUCAAAACAACCAGAUGCGAUUUAUGUACAUGACUUUGUAAAUUUAUUCGGGGAUUGCUCUACAUCACAAAAGACGAAAUUACGUGAAGAAUUUAAAUUGCUUGAUAUGUAUUCAUAUAAACAAGAACAAGCUAAGCGUUUAACCUGUUCAAUUGGUCAAAAUCCAGAGAAUCGUCUUCGAAAUAAAUAUCGUAAUCUUCUACCAUUCGAUCAUAAUUAUGUUCAACUAACAAAAGCAAUAUCACUUACAGAAUCUGAGUGCAUCUCAACAUUGAAUCAAUCCAAAGAAAGUGUAACGCAUGCUAAAGAUAACAAUAGUAGUAAUAAUAAUAAUAAUAUUGAUGAAGUUAUCGAAAUGAUCCCAGAUAUUGGUAGGGAACAAUUGAUUCCAUCGAAUUAUAUGAAUGCUAGUUGGAUACCGAGUAAAAUUCCUAGAAUUCCAAAUAUACUAAUUGAUAGUGGUCAACUGCCUCAAAAGUAUAUUGCAGCACAAGCACCAGUGAAUCACUCGCGUAGUUUAUUUUGGCAAAUGAUAUGGGAUCAUCGUGUAUCAAUGAUUGUUACCCUUACAAGAUGUAUGGAGAAUGGCAAGGAAAAGUGUUCUGUAUAUUGGCCUGGAAGUAAUUCCGUGAAAGAACAGCAAGAUGAUAAAAAUGAGCCUGUGGCCUAUUUUGGUAGAUAUAGAAUACACCUCAUAUCAGAAACGAGUUAUUCAGUAUAUGAACAUAGAAAACUACGUCUAUACAGUCGUGAAACACCUGACAGAGGACAUCGUGAUAUAAUUCAACUCCAUAUGCUAAAAUGGCCAGACUUUUCAGUCCCGACAACUGAAGACUUUUUAACAUUUCUGUAUGCCUAUUGGACGGAGAGGCGAAUGUUAGGCGGGAAAUUUCCUGUUCUUGUACAUUGCAGUGCUGGAAUAGGACGAACUGGUACAUUUAUUUGUUUGGAUCAAUUAUGUCAACUUGCUCGUCAUUUUUUACACCCAAAUUUUCAUCCAGUUAUCAGUAAAAUUAACAGGAUCAAUGAACCAGUUUACAUGAAUUUGAACAAUGAAGACGAUGAUGAUGAUGAUGUAGAUGGACAUCAAGAGAUGAAAAGUCUAGUAAAGCAUAAAGAAAAUAUUGAUCAGUUGAAUGAUGACAAAGAACCAAGUAUUCAUGAUCGUCUACUCAAUGAAACAUUGAAUGAACCAUUGAAAUCAAGCAGUCAAGAAUACAUUCCUCAUAUGCAUGACUGCAGCCAUAUUAAGAAAAAGUCAUUUGUAUUUGGUAAACGUCGAACACAGUGUAUUGAUAUUUUUAAAACUGUAUUAUGGUUAAGAUCACAACGUAAUCGAAUGGUACAGACCACUGAACAAUAUAUAUUCAUUUAUGAAUGUUUGGCACAUUACAUAAAACAGCUAAAGGAACAAGAUGAAAUCUAUGAAAAUAUCUAA